UCGGAUUUCCUUUAGAAUGGGAUGUAGAUCUGGUUGAUGUACUUUUUUUUUUCUGUGCAUGGUAUAUUAUUCAUGAAUCUGAAGGUACAGCACACUAGCCUAUCCCUUAACUUCAGUCAGGGCCAUGGCAGCUAGGGUAGUGUCACUGACUCACUGUUGACGAGAAUGUAAUAGUGUGGAUGUUGAAUUUGUCAGACUCAAAUAGCCGCUUGACAGAAUUUUAUUCAACACAUGAUUUGCUUGCUCAGAUUACACUCUACAGAAAAUAGCAGGGCAGCGCGCACGACACCCUCGGCGGAGUUGGUAGCUAUCAGCUGUGAAGUGAGGGAUGAAACCCGUUUGAAAAGGGCGGUAGGAGCGCGCGGGUGAGUCACACACACGAAACUAUCUCGCAACCUUGCAAACGCUGGGAGAGUUCAAACUAAAUAUAACUGCAGGACCACCUUCCUCGACACAGUAACGACAGGCCCACGGCUAUUCAGAGCGCUCGUCUGAACACAGGAUUGAGAAAUUAGGCCCAAGUGUGAACGAGUCUUACCACCAGGAGUCGGAGAAUAAAACGACAUCGGAGAGCCAGUUGUAGGCUACCCAGUCUUGAUGGAGGGGAACCCUGUUAUUAAAGUGUCUGUUGCUGAAUUGGCUGGAAAGUUUAAAGAUCACAGUGUCUCCAGUUGUGCUGGCUAUGAUGGGCAGAAUAAGCCGGUUCGGCGGAGGCCCCCACGUACUCUCCAGAUCCCUGCCACAGGUGAUGAGAGCCAGGCAGAGGAGCAGAAGUCAGAUGGCGCCGCUGCACGUCCUGCCCGCUCCAGGAACAGGAACUCUGCUCUGAUCGAGAAGCUGCAGUCCAACCUGGCCCUGUCGCCCUUGGCCCUGUCGCCCACACCGAUGUUGCCCUCCCCGAAGAGCCCGGGGUUGAGGCUACAGCCCCCAGGGUCCUCCCCCAACUGCCCCAGCAGCCCUGUUGCCCCCAUGCCAAGGGCAGGUAAAAAGCCGGUGGAAGCCCCCGCCAGCUUUGAGAGUCCAGCAGAUGCUGCUCUGCUGCCCAGCAUCAAUAAGGGCAGAGCUCGGCUGUCGGUGAGGCGUCGGCCUCCGUCUCGGCGGGUCAGGAGGGCGGGCGAAGAGGAGAUGGACGGCGAGGGGGGGGGCAGCGGGACUUCCUCACCCAUGGAGCCUGCAGACGGAGAGAGUGAGGCGACACACCCAACAGAUGCACUCACAGCAGAGAAACACACAGAUGACCGCCGCGUGCCUGACCCCGAGACAAAGGCAGCUAGUGUGAAGGAGGCAGAAGUAGUGGACGAGGUGAAAGCCCAGGUCAAACCCCCGAUCGAGGUGAAAGCCCAGGUCAAACCCGCGAUCGAGGGGAAAGCCGAGGUCAAACCUACGGAUCAGGUCAAGCUCGUAAAUGAAGCCUCUAGCGCCGCUGCUGCUGAGGCUGACCGUGCAGUAGAGACGUCCACAGCAGAAAGGGAGGCGGCCGAGAAAGAUACACCGGAGAAACAAGACGACCCCUCAGAGACCAGCGCUGACCAGCAGGAAGCAGAUACCGUAAAGCAGGAAGUGUAAGAGAGGGCUGAGGCGGAGGAGGACCGUGGACCCCAGGAUCUCAAGAAUGAAGUUGAAACGCCUGAGGAGCACUGAAGCAGAAUGAGAUCAGCUGGGACUUUUUAAAGCGUCCAGGACUGGACGGAGUAAAACGCUGGGAAGGUACCUGCCCAGAACAGACCUCUGCCAAGCCCAACACCCGAUCUCACACUGUUAAAACAAGAGAGAAAUAAACGCCCCAUCUCACAACGUUAAAACAAGAGAGAAAUAAACGCCCCAUCUCACAACGUUAAAACAAGAGAGAAAUAAAUACCUAAUCUCAGAAUGUUUAAGAGAGAAAGAAAAAAACAAUCUCAUAAUCUUUAAGAGAGAAAUAAACGCUGAUCUCACAAUGUAAACACAAGAGAGAAAUAAACGACUGAUCUCACACUGUUAACAUAAGAGAGAAAUAACUUGUCAGUCCUGUGAUGUGGAUCCACUCCUGAUCCAUAACUCGGGUUCUUUCAUGGGAGAACAGGGUGACUCCAUUGUAGUCUCCAGAUGUGGCGGCUGUCCUCUGCGUUCACUUGCCAUGUGCUGGAUUAGCAGUAUUUGCCCAUUCCAUACCGUUGUGAAGUUACGUUUGAUAUGUUAGUGAUGAACACAUCAUAAAGCUGUGUGAUAGCGCACCAUACUGUAGCUGUUUAUGGCCACAACACAGAAUGUAUCUUAUUGUCAAUUAUUAGAGCUCAUGGCCAUCAUUAGACUUUGAGGGAAUUUCUAACUGUGUCUUGUGUAACUGUUUCUUGUUAGUUUCUAUGAAUAGCAAUGUUUUUGAAUGCCUCUAACCAUAAUGGUGUACAUACAGGUCAUCAAAGAAUUUCAACUGUGAUCAGUGUUACUUUUGAAUUAAUUUUUGCCUUGAUCAGUGUAACUUUGAUACAUUUGCUGCAGUGUUUUUGUACUUAGGGGAUGUCUUUGGAAACAAUGUAAAUAAAUAUUACUGUUUUUUGUG